AGAAAAAAGGUCUUUCACUAACGUAGUACUACACUUUACGACGUCCGAGUCGUUGGUCUGUAGUCUCUACAGGGAAGGAUCCUCCAUUAACAGGAAGUUCGUACGUACGCGGCUUCCUGGUUUCUUUAUUUGAAUCGAGCGCCUCGACGGAUUGGCACACCACUCCCUCCACUCCACUCAACUCCCCCACGCCAUGCCCCCAAUGCAGCAGCAACCGCCCCCCGUCGUCGUCCUCCUACUCCUCUUCUUCCUUGCCUGCUCGUACACGCUCGCCUCCGGCAGCACUGACGAUGAAGGCGCGGCGGCGGCGGCGACCUACAUUGUGUACCUGAACCCGGCGCUCAAGCCGUCGCCCUACGCCACCCACCUGCACUGGCACCACGCCCACCUCGAGUCGCUCUCCCUGGACCCCUCGCGCAGCCUCCUCUACUCCUACACCACGGCCGCGCCGUCCGCCUUCGCCGCCCGCCUCCUCCCGUCCCACGCCACGGAGCUGCAGAGCCACCCCGCCGUGGCCUCCGUCCACGAGGACGUCCUGCUCCCGCUCCACACCACGCGCUCCCCUCUCUUCCUCCACCUCCCGCCUUACGACGAUCCAGCCGCCGCUGACGCAGGUGGAGGCGCCGAUGUCAUCAUCGGGGUGCUCGACACCGGCGUCUGGCCCGACAGCCCCAGCUUCGUCGACACUGGCCUGGGCCCUGUCCCGGCGCGCUGGCGCGGGUCCUGCGACACCAAGGCCGCCGACUUCCCCUCCUCCUUGUGCAACCGGAAGCUUAUCGGCGCGCGCGCCUUCUUCCGGGGCUCCAGCGCCAGUGCCGGCGCGGCCGCGGCCGCGGGCGGCGGGAGGAACGGCUCUUCUUCUUCCUCCCACGGAGUCAAUGGCGAAGUCUCGGCGUCGCCGAGGGACCGCGACGGGCACGGCACCCACACGGCGUCCACGGCCGCGGGUGCCGUGGUGGCCGGCGCGAGCCUCCUCGGGUACGCGCGCGGCACGGCCCGCGGGAUGGCUCCCGGGGCGCGCGUGGCCGCGUACAAGGUGUGCUGGAGGCAAGGGUGCUUCAGCUCCGACAUCCUGGCCGGCAUGGAGCAGGCCAUCGACGACGGCGUGGACGUGCUUUCCCUCUCCCUGGGCGGCGGCGCGCUGCCGCUCUCGCGCGACCCCAUCGCCGUCGGCGCGCUCGCAGCCGCCCGCCGCGGCAUCGUCGUCGCGUGCUCGGCCGGGAACAGCGGGCCCUCACCCUCGUCGCUCGUCAAUACCGCCCCGUGGGUGAUCACGGUCGGCGCCGGCACGCUCGACCGCAACUUCCCGGCAUACGCCAAGCUGGGGAACGGCGAGACCCACGCCGGCAUGUCCCUGUACUCACCCGGCGAGGACGACGAAGACGACGACGACGGCGACAAGAUGUUCCCUCUGGUGUACGACAAGGGCUUCCGCACGGGGAGCAAGCUCUGCAUGCCGGGCUCGCUGGACGCGGCCGCGGUGAAGGGCAAGGUGGUCCUUUGCGACAGGGGCGGGAACUCGCGGGUGGAGAAGGGGCAGGUGGUGAAGCAAGCCGGCGGCGUCGGGAUGGUGCUCGCCAACACCGCCCAGAGCGGCGAGGAGAUCGUGGCGGACAGCCACCUGCUCCCCGCCGUGGCCGUGGGCGCCAAGAGCGGCGAUGCUAUAAGGAGGUACGUGGAGUCGAACGAUGAUGCGGAGGUGGCCUUGAGCUUCGGCGGCACGGCGGUCGACGUGCACCCGGCGCCGGUGGUGGCCGCAUUCAGCUCUCGCGGGCCCAACAGGGUGGUGCCGCAGCUGCUCAAGCCGGAUGUGAUCGGACCUGGGGUGAACAUCUUGGCCGGGUGGACCGGGUCCGUCGGGCCUACCGGGUUGAUCGCCGACGAGCGGCGACCCAAGUUCAACAUCUUGUCAGGAACGUCCAUGUCGUGCCCUCACAUCAGCGGGCUCGCCGCGUUCGUGAAGGCGGCGCACCCGGACUGGAGCCCCAGCGCCAUCAAGUCGGCGCUCAUGACCACCGCGUACGCCGUCGACAACAACGGCUCGCCCCUCCUGGACGCGGCCGGCGACAACACCACGGCCACGCCGUGGUCCUUCGGCUCCGGCCACGUGGACCCGGUCAAGGCCCUCUCCCCGGGCCUCGUCUACGACACCUCCAUCGACGACUACGUGGCCUUCCUCUGCACCGUCGGCGGCGCCUCCUCGCCACGUCAGAUCCAGGCCAUCACGGGCAGCAGAACGGCGAAAGGAAACGCGACGUGCCAGCGGAAGCUGUCCAGCCCCGGCGACCUCAACUACCCGUCCUUCUCCGUCGUGUACCCGCUCCGGAAGUCCCACAGCACGGUGAAGUACCGCCGCGAGCUGACCAACGUCGGCGCCGCCGGGUCGGUGUACACCGUGAAGGUCACCGGUGGGCCGAGCAGCGUCAGCGUGGCCGUGAAGCCCGCGAGGCUCGUGUUCAAGAAGGCCGGGGACAAGCUCAAGUACACCGUCGCGUUCAAGUCGUCGGCGCAAGGUGCCCCGACGGACGCCGCGUUCGGGUGGCUGACGUGGAGCAGCGCCGACGGGGAGCACGACGUGCGGAGCCCGAUAUCGUAUACGUGGGGGAUGUAAGACACCGUAAACAUCGAUGAGUAACUAAUUCGUAUUUCGCCAUGACCGGCGGAUGGAUCGCCGGCGGGUGAUCGGUGGUAGUGUUGCAGAGGCCGGUUGGAAGAAUUCUGGCUGCUUUGUGCGGCAAAGGUAGGGGCUUGUAUUCAGGAGGUGAAGACAGAGAGGAGCCCCUUAAUAAAAGGAAAUCGAUUUUUCGGUACA